CCCAGCAAGGCAUCACAAAGUUUUGGGAAAAUUUCGGCUACGUCAGUUCUGAAUGGAAAGACCUUCCUUCAGAAGAUAUCAAGUUUAUAAGGAAGCGAGCUAUGCAGCUGAGUGUGACACUGCAGUGUGAUAUGUGCCUGAAAUGGAGAAUGAUUCCCUUCAACUCGAACAACAUUGGCAAAGAUUUCCCUGACCACUGGGUUUGCACGAUGAACCCGGACCAGCUGCACAACAAAUGUUCAUCAGCAGAGCAGAAACUGAAUAUUCCAGAAGGUGUUUUGAAGAAAGAGUUUAAAAGUCAGGAGCAGAAGAAGAAAGAUCUAGAAGAGGAAAUUCUUCGCAAAACAGAAAUGUUGGAAAAGCUACAGAAAAUGAAAGUUGUCCAGUCAUCCAAAGAUAUUGAUACAGUGCUCAAGGUUGAUGAUAAAACAAGUGACAGGACCAGUUUAAGCAGAAGAGCAAAAGCUAAAUCUCCAUCCCCUCCCCCUUCUCCCAAACAAAACAAGUCCAGAUCGUCAAGUUCACAAAACAAUGUGCCGGCGAAGAAAAGUCUAAGAAGUCCCAGUCCGCCACCUAGACCUUCCCCUAGGCAGGCCGCCUCCAAGCCACCACCAGCAUCAUCACGCGCUGCUGCCAAAUCUGCCAGAAGCCCAAGCCCCCCUCCUAGACGUGCAGCAGCAGCAGCAGCAGUCAAAGCUAAACAGGCUGAGUCAAAGGCAGCACCAAAAGCAGAACCUAGAAAACGAAUUCAGAAGCCAGCUGAGUCGUCUUCGGAAGCUGAAGAGGAGGAACAAGAAGAGGAGGAGGAAGAGCAGGAGGAAGAGGAAGUAGAAGAAGCCAAAGGAAGAAGAGGGAGGAGCCAAAACAACGCUGACCAGUCAGAGGCCAAGAAGGAUGCAAAGAAAGCAAAACUAAGAGAGCCGACAAUUGAGUAUCCUGAGAUCCCAGUGAAGAAGCGGAGGAUAUCACACCUGAAUGCAGAGGUUCCUGAGAAACCAGAAGCAAAGUCAACAGAGAGUCAAGCUGGCACUGAUGCUUCAGCAUCUGAUGGUGAUCAGGCAGUACAGUCACGAGCCACACGUUCCCGCGGCAAAGGAAGCAAUCUCAAAAAUGAUGACAUGGUAGAUGAAAACGAGGCCCAACCAACAGAGACACCAGUCUCUAAAGACGCAUCAGAAGAAGAUGGAGUUGGCAAACGAGUAGAAGCACAAGUCAACAGUAAAUGGUAUCCAGCCACAGUGACCCAGGUCAACUCUGAAGGCAAGUGGAAAAUCAAGUUUGACCAUCAUCCUAAGGACAAGUACGAUAAGUGGUUUGACAAAGCAGGUCCAGAUAUACGCAUGCUCGACAUAAAACAGGAUUCCAGUGAAACUCCACCAUCCCCCUCCUCACAAGAUGGGGCUGAAGCACCUACCUCCUCCACCACCACACCCGCAGUGACCAGCCAGAUCACCGAGGACAUUGCAAAUGGCUACCGAACCUGUUUGCGCUACUUCCUACCUCCUCAGUGGAUUAUGGAUAAGGAUGCCAUAACAGCUAUGUCAUUGCAAGAAUUAUCAGACUUCCCAUUGGAUGAUUUCUUUGACCAUUAUGAGAGGGGAUUAAGAAGGUUGGUGAGCAACUUCCAGACAGAAGCAACCGUGCGGAAACAAGAAUCAGAAGAGACCAAAACCAAGCUUGUGGCUGUGAGAAAACUGAUCGCCAAGCUGUUAAAAUCUACCAAUGAGGACUUUGACAUUGACCCUGAGGAGUCCGGAGAUCAGGUGGACGAGCUUCUGGCAGCAUGUGUGAGGCAGGCCACAUCACAGACGUAA